AGGGCUUUUCAAACGAGCACAACGUCAAUCCAUUAUCGAUCAUGUAGUUUUCAUCCCUUUACAUGCAUGCCAUAAAUCUGAAAAAGAGUGAAAGAGUGAUACGUGUAGAGUGAAUUGGUACUUGGUGCAGUUUUCGGCUGCACAGAUAUUUAUGCUGAAGAUUAUGUAGUAGCAUGCUGACUUGCAGAGGCGGGAAGAGGGGAAAGUAUACGACCAGGGAAGUACACGAAACGGAGAAUUCUAUAAGGGUUCAUCUGGAUCGUCAACAAGUAAAGUGAAUUGCCCCAUCUUGCACAGAACAACACAAGUCACCAAGCCGUAGAUGACAGAGGUCUUCGAAAGACUCCCUCGAAGUGAUAGUUCUUGUGGACGAAGUUUGGAAGCUUCUCGGUGUGCAUGCUCUAUGAUGACGGGUGUUGCCCGCGUUGCCAUGGUAACCACAUCGUUAGUGAUGAUGGUGGUGGUGAUUUUCAUCAUCAACAAUAAAUAUACAUCAGCGAAAGAACGUGAUACACGACGUGAAUUCCUCUCAUCCAAUCAGUACAGAUCACUAUCGGACUUACAGUAUGCAGGUGAAGGAAGAUCGUAUGCCAGGCUGAGUAUCAACACAUCAACUGUGGUAGCAACAGUUGACGAGCGUUUCGUAUCGGUGGGGGCAACGAUGGGUAGCUUCAAUCGUUCACUUGGUCAACACUUUAAUUCAACUCGUUUUUGGACAGCGGCACGCGGACUUGCUCCUGCUAUUUAUCGCAUGGGCGGGGCUGAGGCAGAUUUUACUUACUUUGAUGCUCAUAACACAAGGGAUGAAUGUCUUCAGAAUGGAAAGUUAAAAGAAAACAGAAAAUUGAAUAACUAUGGAAAGUUGACCUUCCAUAAUAUGACACUUUGUGCUCACACUUGGGACAAUAUCAACGAGUUUGCUCGAUCUGUCGGAUGGCAGGUUUUAUUUUGUCUUAAUGCUCUCACUCGGAACAAGACAUCUUGGGACCCUACCAAUGCCCUUGAAAUGAUCAAGUACACCCAGAACAGAGGUUAUCAAGUCUUAUGGGGCCUCGGAAAUGAACCCAACGGAUAUUUGAGAAAAGCCAAUGUUGUAGUGAAUGGAACUCAGAUGGCCGAUGCAUUUCAUACACUCAGGAAGGAGGUUCGUCGACUAUCCGGUCAGUCGGAUAUCUUCUUAGUCGGCCCCGAUACAUCGGCACCAAUAAAGAAAGAAAAUGAGCUCACAAGUACUAAAUUUUACCUCGAAGAUUUCCUAAAAGAAGUCGGAAAUGCAACCAACGUGACCUCGUUCCAUUACUACUACACCAGCGGUAGAACUGCCAACUUCCAAAACGUGACAGAUCCGAAAGUUGCCGACAAGCUAAUACCCAAUAUCGAGAGCGUUCGGGGGUCGGUUGCAAAAUACGGUUCUGCAUAUAAUUCAAGGGUAUGGAUAUCCGAAUCUGGUCUUACUUUCGGCGGAGCCCCAUCAGGGCUGAGUGCAAGAUAUGUCCUCGGAAUGAUGAUGCUUGAUAAACUUGGAGUAUCAGCCCGUUAUGGUAUUGAGCUCAUCGUCCAGCAGGGCUUAAUAGGGAAAACAGGAGGACUAUUUGAUGCUGCAUACAAACCACGUCUGCCAUAUUGGUGGUUUUUGUACCACAAGAGGCUUAUGGGAACUCGGGUGUUAGACGUUUCCAAAGCCGUUUCUACAACCAACUCAGUACUGAAACACAAUGAUGAUGACUUUUCAAAUCACGUUCGGGUAUACGCACAUUGUACAAAGACAAGCACCUUAUAUCACCCAGGCUCUGUGACAUUAAUGAUCAUAAACAUGAUACCAAUCUUCGAGGUUCAUGUUCAUCUUGAGGCACCCCUCCAAAAUACAACCAGUCACGAGUACCUCUUCACGCCGCUGGGGGCGCAAAGCAUUCUUUCACCACAUGGUAAGCUGAACGGUCGACGACUCAAAAUGGACAGUGACUACACGCUACCCGACUAUGCGCCCCGGGAGAGGCCUCCAGGUAGCACCAUCGUGCUACCCCAACAAUCAUUCGGCUUUUAUGUUCUUCCAAAUGCCCAAGCUUCUGUUUGCCUAUGAUAUUCACUUAGAAUAUUUGACACCAUUGGCCAUCACAUACAACUGACAAAGCUUAAUUCGUGUGGUGUCAGAGGUCUUGCCUUAUAAAAAUGUUUUAAAAGAUUAUCAGUUUCAAAGAGGUCAAUGGUGUCAUAUCCUCGAUACAGCAUCUUAACUGUGGUGUCCAACAAGGAUCUGUGUUUGGGUCCUCUCUUGUUCCUUAUAUAAUGAUAUUAUCAAAUCUUCUACUCGUCUCAUGUUUUACCCGUUUGCCGAUGCGUGUGCACUUUUGAGUAACAGAAACAUAAAAAACACUUAACUACAUGGUUAAAAACCAAUUGUAGCAAAAAUGAAUUACAUUAUAUUUAGAUCAAGGAACAAGAGAGUGCCCCAUGACUUUUACAUAUCAUAUUAUAACCGAUUGUCUUGUCUUUUCCAAAUUGAAGAAUACAAUAUUCUUGGAUUUACUUUUAAUGAGAUCAUGGAUUGGACAUUUGCAAAUCUUUAUUUAAAUAUGUUGGUGUCAGUCUUAAUAUGUAAAUUGAAGUUCAUAUUACAUUUCAAUAUUUUAUUAAUUCUUUAUAAUAGCCUUAUAUCUGGGCACAUCCGAAUUACUGUUACUACAUUUGGGGGUAAUACUUAAAAAUCUCAACCUCACAAUUAUAUUUCAACAGAAAAAAAAAUCGACCCGACUAAAUACAAAGUCCCAUAAUCAUGCAAAGUUCAAGUAUAAACCCCUCUUAAAUAUUUUUGACUUUGCUUGAAGUAAUCACUUUCAAUACUUGAAUUUUAUUCAUUUAAUUUUUUUUCACUGAAAUAGUGUUGUAUGUUUACUCUCAAUUCAAACAUUCAUUCACAUGCUACUCGACAAUAAUUUCCAUCUUACUAAAUUGAAACUUUCUUCCUCUGUAAAUUCGCCAGCUUUUAUCGGUAUAAGGCAAGUAAGAAAAGUGGAAUCAGCUCCCAACUUCUCUCAAAAGUUGCACAACUUUAUCCCGUUUUAAAAGACUUUGUAGGAAUUAUAUUACUGAUAUUGUACAACAUUGCCACGCUAUGCAUGUGUGUGAAUGUGUCAGGGUGUGUGUGUGGGUAUGAAAUGGUGUGUGCUUGCGUGUGCUUACAGAUGAAAUUUACAGUUUAUUGUUGUUUGAAGCUAAUUUUGUUAUUAUUGUCUUCUAGGAUAUUCCUUACAAGCAGUUUGCUUUUUUAUGAUCCAAGACAUUUUUUUUCUGAUUACAAUCAUGUAGCCCAUGAUUUUUGUAUUUAUAUUCUAUAUGCUUGAAAAUAUUGAAAUAUUUCAAAAGAUUAGUAAAAUUUUUAUGAAAAAAAUUUGUAUUUUCCAAAAUUUUUGUUUCUUAUUGAUUUUUAAAUUUUAUAUAUAUUUAAUUGUUUAUUGAAUUAUUCAUGAAAGUCAUGACUUUUUCUUAAUUCUAUAUUUGAACAUAAUGUCAGAUGUCUUAUCGAGUAUAUUUGCGAAAAUAUGUAAAUCCAUCCAAACAAUAGUAAAUGAUUCUUUGUAACGAUUUGAUAGUAUAUUGUUUCAUAUUUUCUGUUACGAUAUUUCAUUUAUUUUUAUUUGUAUAUAACUUCUUUCUAUAGGAUGAUAUGAUAUUGGAGAAACGCCCUCAGAAAUUUCUGUAUAUUUUGUCAUACAUUUUUCAUUCAGAUCCGAUUCAGAUUCUUUUCGGUUUAUUGCAAAGAAAGAAAAAAAACUUCCUCGUUAAAACAGUCGGGAGACUGAUGUAAACAAAGGUUACAAAAUAAUUAUAAAUUUAUUUCGACUGAUAAAGUAUUGAAUAAUGUCGAAGAUGCUACAAUAACUCCUAUAACACGAAAGUAGUUGGGACAAAAAGGGCUACGUUAAUAUUUCAUGGCGAUUUACUGUAAGAGAUGUCCCUUGUGGAAUGUAAUCUGUAAUAUUAUUCCUGAUAAUUACUUAUUUCGUUGAAACAUUCAUGUUUUAUGAUAAAAUACUACUUAUUUGUUUAAAUUACUGUCACACAGAAUUCAUGGUCUAACUAUUAAUUGUGCCCAUUGUGUGGGCGCGUCGUGGUAUAGUGGUUCUGACUCUCGCCUUUCAAUCAGAGGGUCGUGGGUUCGAAUCCUAGCCAUGACGUGUUUUCCUUCAGCAAGAAAUUUAUCCACACUGUGCUGCAAUCGACCCAGGUUAGGUAAAUAGGUACCGGCAGGAAGUAAUUCCUCAAAAAGCUGUGCGCACCAGAAUCGGUAGAAUAGCUUAGCCGGGGUAAUAUAGGAGCGCCUUGAGCACAUAGCAAGUUGGAUACGUGCGCUAUACAAAUCCUAUAUUAAGUUCCGAACUUAGUUUGCCCCCUCAGCAGCAAAUUAUCUUGAAACAUAUAUAAUUACGGAGAACAAAGGAUAAUGAAAUGCAUAGCUAAUCUUUCCUUCAAAACAUUUAUUCCUUUCAUGGUGAACGUUAAUAUACAAUUAUUGCUUUAUUGUUUGUAUCUUUAUGGAGCAUAAUGUCACGUGGGAAGUGACUUUUUUUUAAUUAUUUACUUACUGCUGCUUGACACCAAAAAAGAAUACGUGAAACUGAUAAAUACAGUUAUUCAAAAGAUUUAAUCAUA